AUGAGCGAUAAGUUGGACGGGCUAUUGGCCUGGGCCCGGGAGAAUGGUGCACAACUGAGAGAAGAUUGCUUGGAGUACAACUAUGACGAGAAGAAAGGUUACCAUGUCUUGAUCAAAGAUAUAGAUGCCUUGUGGGAGUUUAAGGAUGCCGGUGUUAUUACGGUUCCAAGAAAGCUAUUUAUAACAAGACAACUGGCACAACAGUACUUCAAAAUUAAUGACCAAAAGCUGUCCACUAAAUACAACAAUAAUCCAAACGGUUUAACAGAGUUCUUCCUGUCAUAUAUUACCUUUACGAAGGAGAACGAGUAUGAAUUCUUUCGGCCUUACAUAAAUAUUCUACCUAAAUUGAACUCAAUGAGAAUCCACCCAUUUUUUUGGACUAAAGAAGAGUUGCAAUUGAUAAAGGGAUCUGACCUGUUCUUAACAAUAAAGUUCAAAUUGCUUGCAUUAUAUGAUGAAUAUAGAAACUACAUGAAACUUUAUGAAUUUGGAAAUGGUGACCUGUCAAUCAUAAAUGGAGAUAUACAGCUAUCAGAUGAUGAACUUUUCGCUAUAAUUGAGCAUUUACAACACAUCUUGAAGAAAUCGUCGGACGCCAUCGAAUGGACAUCUUUUGUUGCAUAUGUUUGGUCAAACCUUAUUUUCUUUUCAAGAGCAUUCCCUAGUUUAAUCACUGGUGAAGAUAAAAAGGAGCUAAACUUAGCAUUCCUGUUGCCAAUUGUGGACUUAUUAAAUCAUAAUAAUACUACUAAAGUUAGCUGGAAUUACAGCGAUGACACAUUUAAUUACACAAAUAAGGACCUGGCAUACUUGAAAAAUGGUGAUGAAUUGUUCAAUAACUACGGUGAAAAAUCAAACGUAGAUUAUUUAAUCAGUUAUGGGUUUUUAAACUCUCAGGAAAACAUUCACAACAGUGUUAACUUGACGUUGAGACUUGACCCAACAUUCAUAAGUCAAGCAAAAGAACAUGUGGAAAAUCUAGAAAUUGUCUCUAAUGAUACCGUCUUAUUCAAGAUAAGUAAAAACGACCCUCUUCCUGUCUCUUUAGUACAUUUCUUCGGCUACGUUACAAAACUAAAAUCGGAGGAGCAUAUUACCUUAAGGUCUAUUCUAGAGGGGUCAGAUCAAUUGAUUAAUAUCUUAAAGCAAAAGCUUGAAUACUCCAAGGAAAAGGCUAAAAUAAGCUCUAAUUCUGUACACAGUUCUGUGGGUAAGAUUAUAAAACAGUAUUUUAAUGAGGAGAAGAAAUUGUUUCAGUUCAGUUUAGAUUCCUUGUUGAAAAAGCAAAAAGACAUAAUCAGUGCUGCCAAGGAUAAUAUUGUCUCUUUCAAGUCGAUUUUCAAGUCUGAUAAAGUCUUUGCGAACAGUUUGCUGCUAUCUUACGGUGUAACUAAAUAUGAAGAUAUUCUAGCUAAGGAUAUGGCAAACGAAGCAUUAUUGUUAUGGGUCGUUAGAGCAUCAAACAAAGACGCAUACAAAGACGGGUUACGAACUGUCAAUAUUCCACCAUUUGUUUUAGAAACAUUUGAGGAGAUCUCAAGAACUAUAUCUAUUGCAAAAGACGAUGUUACUGAGUUUUUGUCCAUAUAUAAGAGGCUAUUUCCAAGUCUGGGUGAUAAAAUUCCAGAGGUAUACAAAGUUGGUGAAUGGGGUAUUAAACAAUUUAUUAUUGCUGAUGCUUUGAUUGAUAGACUUGUAUGGGUCAGAGACUCGAAUUCUGAACCUCUCUUUAUACAGAAAUUAACCUUCCAGUAA